AAGGACAAAUGGACGGAACGGAACACCACAUGCGGAGGGGAUACGAUGAUGAUACCAAGGGGCUCUCGGUUUUUUUCCCCCCCCUUUCUGCCUUCCUCCAUCCUACUCCUCAGAACAAGGCUAAUACCUAGAUAAAUUCCUUACUGCUCUUUUCUCGGCGCCAUGAUACCAGAUCUCAUUCUCUUCUCUCUUGGGGGUGUUUUUUUCUCUAUCAGUGUUUAUAUGUGUGACGAGUUUAUAUAUGUGGCGAGUUUUUCCUCUCUAUAUAUAUUGCUUUGUUAUUGGGCCUCAGUACAGUGGCGGUGCGGAGAGGGUUGUUCUGUGACGUGUAUAUUUUGCGGAUUCUUUUCUUUCUUCCUGGGCGCAUGUAUCAUGAGCUCUUAUAUAUAAACUCCUAAGUAGAACGGAAGAUUGCUUUGUUAGGUCAAUUCUUGGCUGU